ACAGGCAAUGGCGCCACUCAGGACCCAAGGAGGUCCCAGGUGCGGUCCCCACGGGCACCUCGCUGGCCAGGUGCAAGGCUCGGGAGCAGAGGGUGGAGUUAGCGCCGUGCGGGAGCGUAUGCUUCCGGCCACGUGAUCACGCUCCGCGCCAAUGGGAGGGCUGGACGAGCCCCGCUUCCUCACCGUGGCAACGGGCUGGUGACUACUUCCGGUGCUGUGAGGGCUCGGGGCUGAUGCGGGACGUUAGCGGUUCCUGCUCAGUCGGAGGAAGAGGACCGAGAAGAAGGAGGAGCGGCUUUUGGAGAGGAGGGUGGAGAGCUGGAGCUGGAGGUGCCCUGGAAGGAGAGGGCAUCGUGUUUCCCGAAGGAGGGAGUGCAACUGGACUGGCCUCUGUAGGGGAGGGAAUGAAAGGGUAAUUCCUCUCCUGCAAUUACUUUUGGAUGGAAAUAUGCUUUUUUUCCAGUAGAAGAUGGUAAACUUGGAGAAUGACCAUGGAGAAGGGGAUGAGUUCUGGAGAAGGGCUGCCUUCCAGAUCAUCUCAGGUUUCGGCUGUUAAAAUAACAGCCAAAGAGUUGGAAACAAAGCAGUCCCAUAAAGAGAAGCGAGGGGGCUUUGUGCUGGUACAUGCAGGUGCAGGUUAUCAUUCGGAAUCCAAAGCCAAGGAAUAUAAACAUGUAUGCAAACGAGCUUGUCAGAAGGCAAUUGAAAAGCUACAGGCUGGUGCUCUUGCAACAGAUGCAGUGACUGCAGCUCUGGUGGAACUUGAGGAUUCUCCUUUUACAAAUGCAGGAAUGGGAUCUAAUCUAAAUCUCCUGGGUGAAAUUGAAUGUGAUGCCAGCAUAAUGGAUGGAAAAUCCUUAAAUUUUGGAGCUGUUGGAGCAUUGAGUGGAAUCAAGAACCCAGUCUCAGUUGCGAACAGACUCUUGUGUGAAGGGCAGAAGGGCAAGCUCUCUGCUGGCCGGAUUCCUCCCUGCUUUUUAGUUGGAGAAGGAGCCUACAGAUGGGCAGUAGAUCAUGGAAUACCUUCUUGCCCUCCUAACAUCAUGACCACAAGAUUCAGUUUAGCUGCAUUUAAAAGAAACAAGAGGAAACUAGAGCUGGCAGAAAGGGUGGAAACAGAUUUCAUUCAACUAAAGAAAAGAAGACAAUCAAAUGAAAAGGAGAACGACUCAGGCACUUUGGACACAGUGGGCGCUGUGGUUGUGGACCACGAAGGGAACGUUGCUGCUGCUGUCUCCAGUGGAGGCUUGGCCUUGAAACAUCCAGGGAGAGUUGGGCAGGCUGCUCUUUAUGGAUGUGGCUGCUGGGCUGAAAACACUGGAGCUCAUAAUCCCUACUCCACAGCUGUGAGUACCUCAGGAUGUGGGGAGCAUCUUGUACGCACCAUACUGGCUAGAGAAUGUUCACACGCUUUACAGGCCGAGGAUGCUCACCAAGCUCUGCUGGAGACUAUGCAAAACAAGUUUAUCAGUUCACCUUUCCUGGCCAGUGAAGACGGUGUGCUUGGAGGAGUGAUUGUUCUUCGAUCUUGCAGAUGUUCUGCAGAGCCUGACUCCUCCCAAAAUAAGCAGACACUUCUAGACUCACAUUUCCAGACUCCCUCCCGGUGCGGUGGCAGGACAGUCCGUGGCCAUCGAAGGUGGGGUGUGCCGCUUGCAGAGCCCAGUAAACUGAACCUUCAAGCUGAGCAUGAAGCACCUGAGGGCAUUUCAGAACCUGAGAUUUCCGUAUUUUUAACAGAAGUUGGAUGUCCUGUCCUAUCGUCUUCAUUUUAUAACUCCUAUUGCAGCCUCGCACACCGCUGGCGACACUAGUGCUGCCACAGUGAGUGCUAGUGACACGCCGGCCUUUGGUGGGCGGGUGGGCUGAGUGCACGAGUGUUUGCGUGUGUGCGUGUGCGUGUGUGUGUGUGUGCGUGUGUGUGUGUGUGUGUGUGUGCAGCGUGAGUGCUUGCUUCUCCCUGAUGAAAUAGAAACUCCCCCAUAUUGCGUAACCUAAGACCAGGAAUGAGUCAAUCAUCUUUACAAAAUGUGUGCUUUAACUGUUUACAAGUCAAACGUAAAGUUGCAGGAAACAUUUUUUAUUUCGUAAAGAGGUACCAACUGUCGUCGAUGUAAUGUGUCUGAAUUGAAGGGUAAAUCUGCUUGUUUAAAUGACUUGACAGUGGUAGUGCUCCAUUUAGUAACAGUAAUAAGUGAUAAAGUGUUUUUAUUUGUUAACCAGUUUAAGUGGAUCCUGUGGUGACUUAAACUGUUAUUCUCAUCCCUCAUAUGGGGCAUUUUUCUUUAACAAAGAAUGGUUUCAGUGAAACAAUCUAGCAGAGAAUCAAGGUCAGAACCUUUUAAAAUAAUAGUCUUAUUGACAAAGUUUGUACUUCUUCCCUCAAGCCUUUCUAAACGUAAUAGCUUCGAGCUGUGUGUACUGUAUUAUGAAAGGAUAUGUAAAGAAACCAUACGGUAAUGCAGUCCUUAAUUUGUGUAUAAUGGAAUGUUAUUUACAAUGUAACACUGUAAAUAAGAAAGCAAAAUUUAUGGGAAAAUUCAAUAUUAUCUUUGUUUCUUGUUUAAAUAUAUUUUUAAGGUAAAGGCACAAAAAUAAAAGAAGCAUAUUACUGGGUAUAGUGUGUGACUCCUCAGACUAAUAAAUUAUCUUUUGAAUCCUA